GUGUGGCGUAAGAAAAAUGGCUGGUUGUUGAGGGUGAGGUAAACGACAAGGGGAAGCUUUGUUUGAUGGUAGAACACCUUGUGUGGUUUAAGGACCAAUUUUCUAGCUUAAUCACAGGUAACUGAGGUCACAGAACUUACGAGCCCAAGCAUUGUUGAAAUAUUACCAAAAAUAAUUUUUAAGUUUCUGAUGCGGUAGGUUCGUGACGUGAUCAACAUCCAAACGUAAAUGGCGAAGUUUAGUAAUACUAAUAGUGAUUAUAAGCUGAAGGUGGUGAAAUAAUAACUUGACAUGACCCCAACCAAAAGUAUUUUGAUGACCGAUGAAGGUAAUUCAAGUAUGGACUCUAGUAAUGUAGAAAUGAACCCAACAGAUGAUAGGCUGCAGAAAAAAGUAAGAAAAUCCAAAAACUCCCAAAUGAACAAGGACAGUGAUGAGUAUCGCCGCCGCAGGGAGCGAAAUAAUCUAGCAGUGAAGAAGUCUCGUACCAAGAGUAAACUUCAUACUCAGCAGACUCUUGAACGAGUACAGAAACUGAAAGCAGAAAAUGAGAUGCUGGAAGUGAAAAUUAAAAUUCUGUCAAAAGAGUUGAGUUUUCUUAAAGAUUUAUUUUUAGCUCAUGCUGGGAAUGCUCAUGGAGGGGAUCUCACUGCUGCUGAUUUAAACAUUCUGAAUGAUGAGGCAGAGGUAGAUAAAAAACCACCUGCUUCUGAAGUUUGAUGAAAAAUGGAUUUUGGAGCUCUAUUAAGUUUAACAUGUGUUAUUUUUGUUACUUUUUUUUAAUUAUUAUUUUAUUACUGUAUUAUCAGCUUGUUUGUUAUGCCUUUUAACUCUCUAUAUUAAAUUUAUAUUAAUGUGGUUUGGGGAACUUCUAUCAAAAUAAUCUAUUGUAAAGUUUUUAUUAUUUUCUUACUUUAAAAAAUAAAUACAUUCAGGGACGAUUGAUUAUAAUUUUCAUUUAGAAAGAGAAUAUUUUUAUGUAAUAAUUUUGAGCCCUAGUGAUUCCUAACUUGAGAUUAUCACAAAAAUCAAUUUGCCAUAUUCCUUAAAGAUAUUCUUUUGAGUAUUUGUUUUAAUUAGUGUACUUAUGUUUUAUGAUUUGAUAUAAGCAUAUGCUAUUUUUGUCUUAUAUUUGUCUUGCAGAGUAUUUGAAGCAGUUUUACUUUUUUUUUUACCCUUGGUGUACACAAAUUAUGCAUGAUUUUGUAAUAUAACUUGCAUCUGUGUUGUUACUGACAGUAAAAACAUAACAUUGUACUUCAUUUUCGUUUUUUCUUUUUCAA